GCGCGGACCAUUGCCGAUGACGUCAGAGGCCGGCGCGGUUUGACAGCCAGACAUGGCGGAGAACGGAAGCGCGCAGGGGUCAAACUCUAUGGAUGCGAAAUGGAGCAGAGAACAGAUAGAGCUUCAGCGGAGGAGGAACACGGCUUACUGGGCGAAGAACUCCGGGAGGCUGCGGAGUAAGAAUAUAUUCACCGCCCUGGCCAUAGGAGGCGCCGUGCUGAGCAUCUACGGAUACACCUUCUUUUCUGUGUCUCAAGAGAAGUUUCUGGAUGAGCUCGAAGAUGAAGCCAAAGUUGUGCGGGCAAAUUAUCGCAAAACGUCAUCGAACUGACUGGAUGUUACAAUACGGACUGCGCUUUACAAAGGAUCAUGGAUUCUCCUGCCCCCCAAAUAAUACAAAAUAAUCUAAACAGAGAUUUAAUCUACAAAUACAGUAAAUUCCCCUCCGGGAAUAGACACUUCAUCAGAAGAUAACCUCAUUGACAAAUACCUGGCAAUAUAUUGAAUGUUCUGUACCAAACCCUCUGCAGUGUGAAGGCUUCGUAUUGGUGGAUCUUUCGCAUCUUCCAUUUAUGUGAAUUCGUCAUCCUUUUAUUAAUAAAAUGUACAAAGGCUG